AAAUACAGAGUUUCAUUCUUUUAUGGGCACCAAGUACUCAGCUCUAAGGUUUUAUUUUCUUUUUGGUAGCAGGUUUUAGGGAAUUUUCGAAUGACAUAAGUGAGAGGCUAGCUGUCAGAUAGCCAUGGUAGCAAAUCAAACUACAUUUGUACAGUAGUAGAACAUAUUAUGCUGGAGCUCGUUUCUCAGCGUACUGAAGUUUUAAAACUAUGUCGUGUUAGCCAUAAAAUAAAAUCGCAGAGGGCAAGUACAUGUGUCACUUGGUUGGCCUUGGCUCGAAUAUUAUAUAGACUAUACUGUCCGUGCACUGUAUCUUGAAUUUUUGCAGUCUUUGUUGUAGGAACUUGAGAAAACUCCAACUCCCAGAAUGCAAGGCAACCCGAAUAGGAAGUUGUGGCAGUCAGUUGUGGCGAGUUGGGCGGCGUACAGCGAACCGCGACCGAGAAGGGUAGUUUUUAUUUUGUGAUCUAGAAUAUGGGAUGCAUUUAUUAAUGCAGUCUGUUUAACGGUGUGUUUUCAACUCCCUCGGAAAUCACUCACAGGCGGCGCCAAUGGAGGAGACGGACAGGGAGACGGUGGCCAAGGCCGUGCAGAGAGUGGCCGGCAUGCUGCAGCGCCCCGACCAGCUGGACAAGGUGCAGCAGUACCGCCGCAGGGAGGCCCGCAAGAAGGCCUCGGUGGAGGCCCGGCUGAAGGCGGCGAUCCAGUCGCAGCUGGACGGGGUGCGGACGGGCCUCAGCCAGCUCCACACCGCGCUGGUGGACGUCAAGGACAUCCAGCACGCCCUGGCGGACGUCAGCAAGGACUGGCGGCAGAGCAUCAACACCAUCGAGAACCUGAAGGACGUGAAGGACGCCGUGGUGCAGCACAGCCAGCUGGCCGCCGCGGUGGAGAACCUCAAGAACAUCUUCUCAGUGCCAGAGAUAGUGCAGGAAACCCGGGUGCUCAUCGAGCAGGCGGAGCUGCUGCAGGCCCACCGGAAGCUCAUGGACCUGGAGUGCUCCCGGGACGACCUCAUGUACGAGCAGUACCGCAUGGACAGCAGGAACGCGCACGACAUGAACCUCAUCUGCAACUACUUCGGGGAGGUGCAGACCCUGUCGGAGGAGCUGGCCAAGCAGCUCUGGAUGGUGCUGCAGAGGGCCAUGGUGACCGUGCGGCGCGACCCCACCAUGCUGGUCUCCGUGGUGCGCGUCAUCGAGCGGGAGGAGAAGAUCGACCGCCGCAUGCUGGACCGCAAGAAGCAGACGGGCUUCAUCCCGUCCGGCCGGCCCAAGAAUUGGAAGCAGAAGAUGUUCGAGGUGCUGGAGGGGACUGUGAGCACCCGGAUCGAGGGCACCCAGUCGGACACCCGCGAGUCCGACAAGAUGUGGCUGGUGCGGCUCCUGGAGAUCACCCGCAAGUACGUGCUGGACGACCUCGUCGUGGUGAAGAACCUGAUGGUCCAGUGCUUCCCGCCGCACUACGGCAUCUUCGGCGUCUUCUUCACCCUGUACCACCGGGCCGUGUCCGCCAGGGUGCAGGAGCUGGCCGCGGAGGACCUGGAGGCCAACGAGAUCGUCUCCCUCCUGACCUGGGUGCUCAACACCUACAAAAGCGUGGAUAUGAUGGGGCACCCCGAGCUGCUGGCGGAGGUGGACAUCAAUAGGCUGGACCCGCUUCUUCCUCAGAACGUGGUGCAGGAGCUGCUGGGCACAUACAUCCAGACCUUCACCUCGAAUAUCACCGGCUGGCUUCGCAAGGCGCUGGAGACGGACAAGAAGGACUGGAAGAAGGAGACCGAGCCCGAAGCUGACCAGGAUGGCUACUAUCAGACCACUCUGCCUGCCAUCGUGUUCCAGAUGUUCGAGCAGAAUCUGCAAGUGGCCGCCCAGAUCAACGAGGCGUUCAAGGAGGAGGUGCUGCGGUUGUGCCUGAAGCAGAUGAACUCCUUCCUCUUCAGCGAGAAGACGCUGAACGAGGUGGCGAAAGACGGUUGCCUGUUCCUGCUCGACGAGGUCUUCCUGGAUCUGGAGCAACACCUUAGUGAGCUGUUGACAAGAAAGUGGCUGACAGGAUCCAACGCAGUCGACACCAUUUGUGUUACUUUAGAGGAUUAUUUCAAUGACUUUUCCAAAAUUAAGAAACCGUACAAUAAGGAGAUGACUGUUGAAGCUCAUCGCAGAGUCAUCAUUGAGUACAUAAAGGCAAUAAUGCAAAAGAGGAUCUCUUUCAAAAAUGCAGAAGAAAGGAAAGAAGGAGCAGAUAGGAUGAUCAAGGAAGCCGAGCAAUUCAAAUUCCUGUUCAGCAAGCUCUCAGAGGGCCUGGGCGAGGAUACCAGCCGGCUGUGUGACGCCAUCAGCGCCAUAGCGGAGGUGUUCAAGCUCACCGACCCCAGUCUGCUCUACCUGGAGGUGUCCACCCUGGUCUCCAAGUUCCCCGACAUCAGGGAAGAGCACAUCCUGGCUUUGCUGGCCGUGCGGGGAGACGCCAGCCGGGACAUGCGGCAGACGAUCAUCGAGACUCUGAACCAGAGCAAGCCCUCGUCGAACGGCAGCGUGCAGCCUCUUUUCAAAGACAUAGCUGUCCCCACGAUGACCGUGCCGAAGCUGCUCAAGUAAACGAGUGGCGGCAGCUCGAACUCUUCACCUGCGUUCAUGAAAUACGAGGAACGGGUUUGAACGAAUUGUUUUUCCUUGUGCACUCUGGGAUUGGACAUUUUCUGGAAGGGACGCACGAGAAUCUGGGACACCUGUGGUGGAAUUCGAGCCCUGGAAAAUACUGUAAUUUGUUUCGUUGUAUCGGUAACACGUCUAACAUUUGAUACUUGAUGUACAGGGAAAAAAAAAAACAUUGCUCACCUUUGCCUUUUUCAUGAUCGACAUCCAGCUUGUGUAAGGGCCACAUUUGUUUAGUUCGGAAAACACUAUUUGUAGCUGGUGCAUGCGUUUCUGGAAUAUUUUGUUGUAUAUUAAAAAUAAAAUUGCUUUUGGUCAUCCUGGA